CUGGAAGGUGCCUGCAGAUACAAGGUGGAGGAGCAGGAAGGAAGGAGGAUCUAGGCUGCUGGGAUCUCUACUGAGGACCUGAGGCUCCUUUCCCUAACGGGGUUCAUCCAGGAGAGAAGACCCAAACACAUCCUCAAGCAUCGAUGUCCCAACGCCCAAGGGCUGCAUCCCAACCGGGAAGGCCGCCAUCUAUCCAGAGUCCCCGGCUGCUAAAGGGCUUGCGGAGACGCGCCCUAUCCACGCAGCCCACCCAGGGUCUGGAGGAGGAGCUCACGUGCACGGUGUGCUGCGAGAUCUUCCAUGAGCCCGUAGUACUCAACUGUACCCACAGCUUCUGCCAGUCCUGCCUGCAGCAGUUCUGGCGCAAGAAUCCAGCAGGGCGCCAAUGCCCAGUGUGCCGGCGCCGCUGCUCCUCUACUGAGCCGCCCAUCAGCCUGACCCUGAAGAAUGUGGCUGAGACCUUCCUGCGGCAGAAGGAGUCAGAGCCAGAGUCAGGUCAAAUCCCAGGGUCCAGCCCCAAGGUCCAAUGUCCAGCUCAUGAAGAGGUGCUCAAGCUCUUCUGCCAGGAUGACGAGGAGACUCUUUGUUUUGUGUGUCACAUGUCCAGGAAACACACGGGUCACCAGGUUUGUCCACUGGAGGAGGCAGUGCUCAGUCGCAAGGAGGAGCUAAUUAAAGAUAUUGGUCGGAUGAAGAAAAAUCUCAGGCAACUUUACGAAGCCAAGCAAGAAUACGAUGACAUGGCCGUGCAUCUUAAGAACCAGCUUCAGCGGACGGAGCGGCAAAUGAAGGAGGAGUUUGACCAGCUCCAUCAGUUCCUACAGAAGGAGGAGGCGGACAGGAUUGCGGCACUGAGGGAUGAGCAUGAGAGAAAAAGUCAGCUGGUGAAGAGGAAGACAGAGUGUCUCAUGCGUGACAUUCUCUCCAUUUCUAAUACCAUCAUUGGUAUUGAUAAUGAAAUUUCUGCCAGCGAUGCCCUCUUCCUUCAGAACUACAAGAUCACAAGGGGAAGAGCACAGUGUGCUACACAGGACCCAGAGAAGCUGUCAGGCGCGCUGAUUGACGAGGCCACCCAUCUGAGCUCUCUGAAGUACAGAGUUUGGGAGAAGAUGUUGGGGAUUGUUAAGUACACCCCUGUGACCCUUGACCCCAACACAGCCUAUGCCUGGCUCUCCCUGUCAAGUGACCUCACCAGUGUGACCAAUGCUGGGAAUAUGCAGGAGGUCCCAGACAACCCGGAGCGCUUCAACCACCUGGUCUUUGUGCUAGGGUCUGAGGGCUUCUUAUCAGGCCAACAUGCCUGGGAGGUGGAGGUGGGCAACAAGGAUGACUGGGUCUUGGGUGUGGUUAAGGAGUCCAUUAACCGCAAGGGGAAGGUCUCGGGUCGGCCGGAGGAUGGCUUUUGGACCAUAGCACUCUGCGAGGGUCAGUUUACAGCCAUGACCACUCCACGUACAACGCUACAGGUGGAGGGCCCCCUGGAGAAAGUACGUGUGCAGCUGGACUGUGAUGCUGGCCUGGUGGUCUUCUCCAACCCGGUCAACAUGACAACCAUAUACACCUUUAAAGACCACUUCAUUGAGAAGAUGUUUCCUUUCUUCUGCCCUGGGGCAAACAUUAAUGGCAACAAUUCCAGGCCACUGAAGAUCUGUCCUGUGAGGGUUGCUAUAUGGAACAGUGCUACCUGGUGACACACCAAAAUUCACACCAGGAAGUUUGUGGACUUUAAGCAGAUGCAACAAAGUCAAAGUUGUGUGGAGAUUUCUACUUCCUUAAAAUUUGUUACGAUUAUAUAAAAAUUAUUUUAUUUCUUUGGGAAAUUUAUCACAUCGGCUCAGGGUGGCUGUGGCCUUAGUCAUGGUAACUUUACAUCUCUUUUUAUACACAGCUGCUUACUGUAAAAAUAGUGUUGUGUUAGUGUGUUUCAGAAAAAUAUUUCAUGUUUUGUUAUUUUAGUAAA